ACACAGCAGGCAGGGAUGAGGGAGAGAGAGGAGCUGAGGAGAGCCAUAGAGCAGAGUGACCGACUCCUUUCCAAGGUCCGCGAGCUAGAGGAGCAGAACACCCAGCUUAACAAGGAAAAGAAUGAGGUGGCCACUAAAUACCGAGCUGAGCAGGAGACUGCCCAGGCGUCUGAGCAGCACUGUGUCCAGCUGGAGAAGGCCCGGCGUGAGCUGGAGCGGCAGCUGUCAGGCCUCUCAGACCGUCUGGAGGAGGAGGAAGCCUGCUCAGCCCAGCUCGCCCUUCACAGGGACAGACUGGAGGCCAAUUGCAGCAGCCUCAGAAGAGACCUGGAUGAACUGGAGAGUGCCCUGACUGUGGCUGAGCAGGAUAAACAGUCAUCAGACAGUGAGGUUAGGAGGCUGUCAGAACAGCUUUUUCAGAAGGAGGAGGCGCUGCAGAAGCUCCAGAAAGAGAAAGAUCAUCUGGUGGAGCUCAGCCAGCAAGCCAUUGAAGACCUGCAGAGCGAAGAGGAGAAGGUGAACCUGCUGACCAAAGAGAAAACCAAGCUACAGAUGCAAGCUGAAGAUUUGGAGUACCGGCUGGAGCAGGAGUGUCGCCAGCGUUGUGAACUGGAGAAGAGCAGGAGGAAGCUGGAGGGUGAUAGCAGAUCCACACAUGAGAGUCUGGGAGAGAUGGAGAAGAAUAGGAGUGCACUGGAAGACCUAAUCAAAAGGAGGGACCUGGAGAUCAGCAGUACCAGCUCCAAACUGGAAGCAGAAGAGGCCCUCAACAUUGGACUGCAGAGGAAGAGCAAGGAGCUACAGGCCCGCAUUGAGGAGCUGGAGGAGGAGCUGGAAGCAGAGCGGGCCAUGAGAGCCAAGGUUGAGAAGCAGAGGGCGGAUCUAACCAGAGAGCUGGAUGAUCUCACCGACCGACUGGAGGAAGCAGGAGGCGUCACUGCCUCACAGAUGGAGGUGAACAAGAAGCGAGAGGCUGAGCUGCUGCGUCUGAGGCGAGACCUGGAGGAGUCCUCUGUCCAGUCAGAAGCGCUGGCUGCAUCUCUGAGGAAACGGCACAGUGACGCCAUGGCAGAGCUGAGCGAGCAGUGUGAAGCCCUGCAGCGGGUCAGGGCCAAACUGGAGAAGGAGAAGCAGAUCCUGAGGAUGGAGGCGGACGAGCUGGCCGCGUCUCUGGACAGUCUGCAGAAAGCCAAGACGUCCUCAGAAAGCCAGAUGAAGAAGCUGGAGGAGCAGCUGUCAGAAGCCAACAGGAGAGGAGACGACCUGCAGAGAGCCCUGACUGAGCUCAGUGUGGCCAAGAACAGACUCACAGCUGAUAACGCAGAUGUGGGUCGGCAGAUGGAGGAGGCAGAGAGCAGAGCCAGCCAGCUGAGCCGCUCCAAGACUCUGCUCCAAUCCCAACUGGAAGAACUGAAGAAACAACUGGACGAGGAGGUCAAGUGUAAGCAGGCGGUUAGCAGCAGCCUGAGCUCAGUGCGGCAUGAGUGCGAGGUGCUGAAGGAGCAGCUGGAGGAGGAGCAGGAGAGCAAGCUGGAGCUGCAGCGUCUCGUCUCCAAACUCAACAGCGAGGUGACGCACUGGAGGACCAAACAGGAGUCCGACGCCAUCCAGCACGCCGACGAGCUGGAGGACACCAAGAAGAAGCUGGCAACCAGGCUUCAGGAGGCCGAGGAGGCCGUGGAAGCCACCCAAGCUAAAUGUUCUUCACUGGAGAAAACCAAACAGAGGUUGCAGGGGGAGGUCGAGGAGCUCUGUGUGGACCUGGAGAAGGCCAGCAGCUGCGGUCAGGCUCUGGAUAAGAAGCAGCGGAUCCUGGAGAAGCAGCUCGGAGACUGGAGGCAGAAGUGUGAGGAGCUGGUGGCCGAGGUGGAAGGAUGCCAGAAGGAGAGCAGGCAACACGCAAGCGAGCUCUUCAAGCUCAAGACAGCACAUGAGGAGUCUCUAGAGCAGCUGGAGGUCCUACGCAGGGAGAACAAGGCCUACCAGGAGGAGAUAACUGACCUUACAGACCAGCUCUCAGAUGGAGGUAAAAGUGUCCAUGAGCUCCAGAAAGCAAAGAAGAAGACUGAGAUGGAGAAAGAAGAGUUACAGGCCUCACUGGAAGAGUCUGAGGCGGCUUUGGAGGUUGAGGAGACCAAGGUGCUGAGGCUGCAGUUGGAGUUGUCUCAGGCUAAAGGAGACCUGGAACGCAGACUUCAGGAGAAGGAGGAAGAGAUAGAAGCAGCUAGAAAAAGCCACCAGAGGGCGCUGGAGUCCCUGCAAGCCAGUCUGGAUGUGGAGGUGAAAGGCAAAGCCGAGGGACUGAAGCUGAAGAAGAAACUGGAGGCUGACGUGAAUGAGCUGGAGCUGCAGGUGGACCUGCUCACCAAGAACAAUGCAGAGCUCAGCAAGAACAGCAAGAAGAUGCAGCAACAGAUUAAGGACCUGCAGGCUCAGUUGGAGGAGGAGGUGCGGAGCCACGAGGAGCGCAGGGAGGAGCAGGCGGCCAUGGAACGACGCUGCGCUCUAUUGGUCAGCGACGGGCAGGAGACUCGAGCAGCUCUGGAGAGCGCAGAGAGGGCCCGCAAGGCCCUGGAGACUGAGCUGCAUGAGACCAAUGAGAAAUACAGCGACCUCAACAACCAGUGCCAGUCGGCUCUGAGCGGCAGGAGGAAGCUUGAGGUGGAUCUCCAGACUCUGCAGCAGGAGCACGAGGAGCUGCAAGGAGAGCUGAGGGGACUCACAGACAAGGCCAAGAAGGCCGGCUGUGAGUUGGCGAGAGUCGGGGAGGAGCUGCGUCUGGAGCAGGAGCACACACUCCACCUGGAGAGAGUGAAGAAAGGGCUGGAGGCGCAGAUCAAAGACAUGAGCAGCAGGCUGGAUGAGGCCGAGCAGAUGGCUCUGAAAGGAGGCAAGAAGAUCAUCCAGAAGUUGGAGGGAAAGGUGAAGGAGCUGGAGCUGGAGCUGGACUCGGAGCAGAAGCGGCACGCCGAGUCGGUGAAGACGAUGCGGAAGAACGAGCGACGGCUGAAGGAGCUGCUCUUUCAGUCAGAGGAGGACCAGAAGAACCAGCAGAGGAUGCAGGAGCUGGUGGAGAGGCUGCAGAACAAGAUGAAGGCCUACAAGAGACAAGUGGAGGAGGCUGAGGAGCAAGCCAACAUGAACUUGGCGAAGUACAGGAAGACCGUCCACGAGCUGGAUGACGCUGAGGAGCGAGCUGACAUUGCUGAGUCAGCACUCACCAAGAUCAGGACCAAGAACAGAGGCAGCUUCGGCAAGGGUUACUCCUCUGGUUACAGCACUCCGUACCCCGGCCUGGUCAGGUCACCCAGCUCUGUGGGCUCAGAGGGCAGAGGGGAGAAGAUCCUCAACGACGACAACGAGUCUGUCAGCUCUCUCAUCCCAGCAUAUCUCGACUCCCUCAAGAAGCUCAUGAUUGACUAGAAACAGAGCUGAGACAGCAUCACCCUGGCUCUGAAGUCUUCUGAAGAAGUGCAGCAUGGUACAGUUAGAAGUUUGACAUCAGAGAGGCUGAAACUGCAGUUUCUCAAUACAUUCAGGUCAUAAAUAGACCCUUCUGUGUCACCUGUUUGUGUACAUUCCCUCUGAAUUUUUCUACAAUGUACUCAUUCCUUCCUCUGUUUGCUAUCACUGUCAGUCCAACACACCCUUAUAUCCACCUCAUUAUGUAAUAUUUGUAUGUAAAAACAGUUGAAUAUCAAAACUGUACUGUAAGUGUUCCAAAAUCACGCUUAAAGGUUCCUCUUCAUUAAAACCACUAGUUAGAAGCAAUUUUUAAGCCAUCAAAUAAUUGUGAAAAGCAUUAAUGAAUCAUUAAUUUGCAAUUGUAAAUAACAUAAUUAUUAGAUAUCAUUCAUCUAUUAGUCAUUACAGAAAUAUUUGAAGCUAUCAAUCUAAAGUAUACUCUAUUCACCAUUUGUAAAUGCAUGGUGUACCACAUACACUAGUCAAUAAAUGUUGGUUUUGCUCAUAUUGUGAAAUAAUAAAGACAAAAAAUAAAUAAACAACAAUUUUCAAUUUAAAUAUGCCUCAUCUACAUUAACGUUAAAAAAACAAAAUAGAAAAGCUAAACUUGCAGCUAACGCUAGCUAAAACAGAAGGCCUCAUCUGUACACUAACAUUAGUUAAAUGUUUCACAACUGCUACGGACUGGGGAGUAGAGGUAAUGUACUAAGUGAGCACCAUAUUCUGUAACUUUAAAGUACUUCUGCAUUUUAUAGCAUUUUCCAUUAAAUAGUACAGCAAAACAAUGAGGCUAGCAAAUGAUUUUAGGCAACAAAGCUAGGCUAGCAGGUUAGCCCAGACACCGAGGUUAGCAAGUUAGCUUUUGUUGAUUCCUGAUGGUGAUGCUCUGAAGAAAAUCAAAAAGCCCAAACACAACUUUUUACACUAAGCUAUAACCUACAUUUAAAUGUGUUACCAAUAUUUCUUACCUGCGAGCAAAACAUGUGAAAACGUUUAGAUGAAUACAGUCAGCGGCUAUCACAUGUAAGUUAACAGUCAAACCGGUUCAAACUGCUGAAGCUUGCUGUGUACAUCAAUUACAUUUGAGAGAUCUGUGUGGUGUCCUGUGGUAUAUCAACAAAUUAGAUAUAAAUUACAUGAAUUGAUUUACAUGUAUGAAUGACACGUUCAUCAUUAACAAAUGGCUUAUAAAUGACAUAACCAAUCAUUAUUACAAAGUCUUACCAAGUAAGAUAUGCAACAAGGUGCCAUUAAGAUAUGGGCUAUUAUCAAUAAUAAGAAAUAAUGUAUUUUACUUAAACUAUCUGAUAAAGUCCAAGUGUAUCUCUGUCUGUACUUUUAACCAUGUCUACCUGUAACAAGGCUUGGUCAAACCAUUUUAUUAUUGAAUGUGGAAAUGUGUUUUUUAUGAAAUAAAUUUUUCAAUUAUUAAA